AUGGACAAAGUGUUGCUCAAAUAUACGGAAUACAACGAACCGCAUGAGAGUCGUACAAAUUCGGAUAUAAUGGAGGCUCUCCAACGAAAGGAGUCAAAGCAUGGCGGUGGUGGCGAUUCGGACGACGAUAGUCCUGGUCCGUCAACUCCGAUGAACGGCCACGCCUCAGUCAACGUCAACGAUCAACAACCACCUACAGUUGCACCUCAACCGCCUGCCGCCGCCAUUCAUCCGCUCUAUACCAAUCUCUUUCUCCAUCCACAAUACCGUCCACGCCCAGAACCCACCAAACAGCACAUCGACUUCCCUACAACCAGUUCAUUUCCGUACGAUUCAGCGAAUGCCCCGUCACUACAGCAACAUCCGUUAGCAGCUGCAGAUGCCGAUUGCGAACUCGUAGCGCCACGGUCCACAGCUGAUCAGCCGUUGUGGGCCGCAGCGCUGCAGCACAAGCCUCAGCAACAGCA